AUGGAACGUUGUGAUACAAAAUGUAGUGGUUCAGCCUCUAAGACGACCUCAACUUGUGGCUCGGCCAAACAGUCGAAAUGCUCGUUAAGUAAACUGAAAAACUUAUGCUGCAAACCAAAGCCUGCUGAGGAAGUGGGCGGACGCAAUCCUUUCCUCAGGUAUCUGGCUCACUUCAAGAAGUGCAACAAGGAGAAACUCUGCAAUCUACAAACAACGCAGAUAGUGAUAGCUGCCAGCAAGGAGUGGAAUCGCAUGACCUGUGAGGAGAAGUCGCCCUACGUUCAGGCGGCGCGUAACGCGAAAUACAUGUUUUGGUCGCGCAGCAAGGACACCAACAGAGUUCUGGGCAAGUUGCGCGAAAUGGUGGGAUGUGCAAAGCCGCAGAUGCAAGAACCCUUUAAGUUGAUCGGCGAUCUAGACUCCUGGCGGCAAAACGUCCUGGACGAUGUGUUUGACGUGGGGGAGGAUGGGGACUGA